UGUUCUAAUAUUAGUAUGUUUAUGCUAACCAAUAUCAUGUAAUAUUAAUUAUGAACUGGUCCAUUUGUUUUUAAUGAACUCUAUGAAAUUAGGAAAGGGAUUCAAAGAUAAAUGGAAUUUGGAUUCUUGGAGAGAUUCAAGUUCACUUGGUUCGAAGAAAUUGUGGGUGGGACAGAGGCCUGUAAAGCUAUCAGUUUGGGAUUUAAGACUCCUAGAGAUGCUAUUCAAGGAACUUACAUUAACAAGAAAUUCCCAUCCACGGCCACCAUUUCCAUCCAAGGUUGCAUUGUUGCUGGUAUUUGCCACAGUGCCAAAAUGACCAAGAUUCGUCGCACCUAUCUUCAUUUCAUUCAGAAAUACCAAAGGCAAGGCUUUUCUACCUUUCUGUAGGCGUUUUGAAAUAGAACAAAUGAAUAGGGCAAUUAAGGUUUCAAAUAAAGACAAGAGCUUUGGGAGCCUUGUAGCGAAGUGUGAAUCGCUAUUGCGAAGAUAUUCAGCAUCUCACUUACUUUCUGAGACCAAAAAGCUUCAUGCCUUCAUCCUCACCCUUGGCCUUCUCUCCUCUUCUGAUUUUUGCUCAAUGCUUUCCACAAGCUACGCCCAAUGCAGCCAUGCUUCCUAUGCAUCCCACCUGUUUGAUAAUUUGCCCCGACGGAGCUUGUUCUCCUGGAACACCAUGAUGAGGAUGUAUGUUCAAAUCGGAAGACCCCGCAAUGCUCUUAACUUGUUUGCCGAAAUGCUUGAUUCGGACCAUGUUGCGCCUGACAAUUUCACAUACCCAAUAGUCAUCAAGGGUUGUAGUGAUUUGUCCUUGUUUGAUAUGGGUGUUGGAGUUCAUGGUCGGACAUUGAGGGUCGGGUUUGAUUCGGACACAUUUGUCCAGAACUCUUUGCUGGCGAUGUAUAUGAAUGCUGGGGAGAAAGAGGCAGCCCAGCUGGUUUUUGACUUGAUGCAGCAACGAACUGUGGUGUCUUGGAAUACAAUGAUUAACGGGUACUUUCGGAAUAAUUGUGCUGAGUUAGCAUUGAGGAUGUAUAAUAGAAUGAUGGAUGUGGGUGUAGAGCCUGAUUGUGCAAGUGUGGUUUCAGUACUGCCAGCUUGUGGGCUUUUGAAAAAUGUGAAGCUUGGGAAAGAGGUUCAUUUGUUAGUUAAGGAAAAGGGUUUCUUGGAAAAUAUGACAGUCAGGAAUGCAUUGCUGGACAUGUAUUUUAAGUGUGGUCAUAUGAAAGAGGCAUGGAAAUUAGUGAAUGGGAUCAAGGAGAAGGAUGUGGUGGCAUGGACAACUUUGAUAAAUGGAUACAUGAUUAGUGGCGAUGCAAGAAGUGCUUUGGUGCUUUGUCCGAUGAUGCAGUGCGAAGGAGUGAAACCAAAUUCAGUAACUAUUACUUCUCUACUAUCAGCCUGUGGCAGUUUGGCUUCUUUGAAACAUGGCAAGUGCUUACACGCAUGGGCAAUAAGGCAUUGGCUUGAUUCAGAGGUUCAUGUGGAAACAUCCUUGAUUGACAUGUAUGCGAAAUGCGCCUGUGGCAAUCUCAGCUAUAAACUGUUCAUGAAAACCUCUAAAAAGAGAACACCCGUGUGGAAUGCGGUUCUAUCUGGGUUCAUACACAAUGGCCUUGCAAGAGAAGCAAUAGAACUUUUUAAACAAAUGUUAGCGAAUGACGUACAACCUGACAACGUAACCUUUAAUAGUAUGCUUCCUGCAUAUGCUAUUCUUGCCGACCUACAACAGGCAAUGAACAUGCAUUGUUACCUUAUAAAGUUGGGAUUUCUUUCCAGACUUGAAGUAGCAAGUAUUCUAGUCGAUAUAUACUCCAAGUGUGGUAGUUUAGGAUAUGCUCACCAGGUUUUUAAUAUAAUUCCUAUGACAGAAAAGGAUAUUAUCAUUUGGAGUGGAAUAAUUUCUGCAUAUGGAAAACACGGGCAUGGUGAAAUGGCUGUUUCACUUUUCAAUCAAAUGGUACAGUCUGGAGUGAAACCGAAUCAAGUUACUUUCACCUCUGUUCUGCAUGCUUGCAGCCAUGCAGGUUUGGUUGAUGAGGGUUUGUCUUUGUUCAAGUUUAUGCUUAAACAACAUCAUGCUAUUCCCAAUGUUGAUCAUUAUACUUGCAUAAUUGAUCUUCUUGGUCGUGCUGGUCGACUCAAUGAUGCAUAUAGCCUUAUUAGAACAAUGCCUAUAACACCUAACCACGCUGCUUGGGGUGCACUACUUGGUGCUUGUGUGGUUCAUGAGAAUGUUGAACUGGGAGAGGUAGCUGCAAGGUGGGCUUUCGAGCUCGAGCCUGAAAACACUGGAAAUUAUGUAUUGUUGGCCAAACUUUAUGCUGCAGUGGGAAGGUGGAGAGAUGCAGAGCAGGUAAGAGAUAUGGUUAAUGAGGUGGGAUUAAGAAAACUACCAGCACACAGUUUAGUUGAGGUCAGAAAUUUGUGACUAACAUACUUGAAAAUUCUAUCAAAACAUGAGUAUUACUGCUAUAGCUUCUGAAGACCCUAUAAAAGGGCUGAGGUCAUGUCCUUUCUAGAAUUGUGAAGUGCCAACAGUAUGAAUCAGGGGGGGAAUUCUAUCCAUAUUAUAUGGGUGAUCUUCAUGUUAAAGGUGUGUCCCUUUGACCUGCUACAAGUACUCCCGUUGUCAUGAUGGGCAAUUCAGUACACAAGCAUCCCCACCGAAAGUGUGUAAUGUACUCAUUAUAACCUGAUAAUUAUAUCAGUGAUUGUUUUAACGGCUUGAAACUGUCACCUUGAGGUCACACAGAGACAACUCAACUGUUGCUCGAAGGCUCCCCUUUGUCUCCCGCUAUCAUGAUGAAUUGUUGAAACUUUUAUUCGCUUCUCACAAAGCAAGAUCUGGUAAUACCACGUUUUCCUUGUCAUAAAGAGCUAUAUAGUAUAUACUAUGCAAAAGGUGUGACACUCUGGGUUCGGAAUUGAAUAUGGGAGAUGCAGCUAGACUAUUAUCAUUAGCUUAACUAUGUAAGAUUGUAAUUACAUUCGUUUUCGAAGAAGAAUGGCACCGGAUGAUCUUUGCUGUAUUUGUGGUCUUUAUCCUGAAUCUGUGCUCCAUGUCCUCCAAGAUUGUAAAGUUGUGCACGAGACAUGGUAGAGCAUAGAUAAUUCAUUGAAUAUGGAUACUUUUUUCAGUAAGCCUCUCUACUCUUGGCUCCUGGAAAAUCUAUCGGCUCAAUCCCACCACCAAGGUGUUCCUUGGCCCCUGAUCUUUGUUUGCACAAUGAAUACCCUCUAGUUUCGGCAGAACAAGUUCAUCUUUGAGGCUGACCACUCUAUGCAAGGAGAUUCCAUUUGUUGGACAGCUUUACAUCUAGCUAAACACUACCAUUUUGCACAAUCCGAGCUUUCUCGAUCCAGGAGUAGAGUUGGUUCCUUUUUUGAGAAACAAAUUAGAUGGAUGCCCUUUGCCUCGCCAUUCUUCAAAUUAAAUACUGAUGGCUCAGUCACAAAAGAAGGAACUGAUGGCUUGCGGUGGUAUCAUAAGGGAUCAUGAUGGUAAGUUUUUGGCAUGUUUCAGUACUAAUUUGGGUACUUGCGAUUAAUUCCAGAUGUCACAGGUUUACCGCUUGGGAAAUUCAUCAUGAAUUCAGGGAAGCAAAUGCUUGUGCUGAUCGACUGGCGGCACAAGGUCAUAAUCUGCAGUUAGGAUGCCACUUUUUCUUUAGUUCACCUUCUGUUAUUUCUUCAUAUUUCAUGGCAGACGCCAUUGAUACUUCUCUUUCUAGAGUUGUUUGUGUAGUUUUCUUGGGCUUUAGCCCCAUUUCUUAUAAAAAAAUAAAUGUUAUUUCCACAUACACAAUAGACAUUAUUUGGACUAGUGCAUUAGUAG